AUGGAUGAGGGUGCCAAAAUUAGGCCUUAUAUACUCAAGAUGUUAGAGUAUAUUGAGACAUUUAAGGUUUUAGGAUGUGCUCUUGAUGAUGGUCUAACAAUAGACCUAAUCUUACAGUCCCUACCCAAUACUUUUUCUCAAUUUGUUCAAGACUUUGUUAAGAAUAAUGAGAAGAAAACACUACUUGAGCUCCUAGAAGAAUAUGAGGCUAUUGAGCUAGGCAUAAAAAUGUUUGAGGCAUUAACAUUACAUAAUGGUUUAUAUGUUCUAGAUAUGGAUAAAAGGAUAUUCAAUCUUGAAAAUAAGAAAGCCAAGCAUGGCGAUCUUAACCAAACAUUCCUCUACCACUGUAGGCCAGGUCAUGUUAAUCAAACUCGCAUAGCAAAAAUCCAUAAUGAUGGAGUCUUGGACCCAUUUGAUUUUCAAUCUUAUGAGUGGAUAAAAACUUUAUAUGAAUUAUGGAAUGGGUGGAAGCCCAAGUUGUCUUAUUUGAGAAUUUGGGGUUAUAAUGCUUAUGUCAAGAAACUAACGUCAAAUAAGCUUGCCCCAAAAUCUGACAAAUGUAUAUUUGUGGGAUAUCCUAGGGAAACUAUGGGAUACUAUUUCUACCAGUCAGAAGAGCGAAAGGUUUUUGUAGCUCAAUCUAAGCAUCAAUUUUUGGCAUUGUCAAAUGCAGCCAAAGAGGUGGUUUGGAUUAGGAAGUUCAUUACAGAACUUGGUGUGGUUCCAAGCAUUGUUGAUCUAGUACAGAUAUUCUGUGAUAACAAUGGGGUCAUUGCUCAGGCCAAGGAACCACGGUCUCAUCAGAGAUCCAAACACAUACUCAAACGUUUCCACUUGAUCAGGGAAAUUGUUCAGAGGGAAGAUGUGCAAAUAAUCAAAGUACCUAUCGAUGACAACAUCUUAGACCCGCUUACAAAAGCUUUGUCGCAGUAG